AUGGUGGAGGAUUUGAGGCCGGAGCAGGUGACGGAGCUGGACCGGCUGAAAUUGGAGACGCGACGGAGCGAGAGGGAGCUGUCGGAGACAAUGGCGAGGAUCCAGGAGAGCGUGGCGGCGCCGCCGAUUCUGGCGACGGUGAGGAGAGUGGGGAGGUUGAUGGACGGUCAGAUUUCGACGCUGGAUGAGGCGAUGGAGGAGCUGAAGGCGGCGAUGCUGAGGCUGAUUGAGAGCGCCGACGGGCUGAGAGGGUCGACGGUGAGGAAGGUGGUGGAGGUUUUGAGUCCGAGUCAGACUGUGAAGGUUUUGGCGGCAGUGGCUGAGUUUCAGCUCAGAAUUCGAAGUUGGGGAUUGCAGAGAGACCAGCAGAGCUGA